UCUCGCUCAGGUCUGAUGAGUACCUUGUCCACCAGCUUGGAGAUGCAAACAUCCAGUCUCACUUCCCAGUUCAUCGUGGGGCCCCAGGCUAAGAUACCUGGUCGGAGGAGAGGGCGGCCUCCUAUUCGUAAGCUGGAGUUCCAGGGCGACUUUAAUGAUACUUUGUCCGCCCUCAAGGUCCCAAAGAAGAGAGGAAGGAAACCUGGCUUUAAGCUGAAGCCCAGGAUAGUGAGGCCCCCACUCGGUCUCUCUGCUCCCAGCAGCACCCCAGAACCUGAAAUGGGCUCCAUCCCACAGGACGCAGCUAUUGUCCCACACUCUGCCACACCACAAGUCCCGACAGCAGACACAAUGUUGCCUGAUGAGUUCACGUGUGAGCUUCCUGUGGACUUCAAGCGUUACGCCAUAGAUGCCAGUGACGCCGCCUUCAACAUCAUGACAUCACAAUACCACACCAAGCAGUCCUACGGUUACCGCGGCAGCAGUUGCUCUACUCCCAUAGGUGUGCUCAGACAAAUGUCGAGCCCAGCGAGCUUCCAGGACGGGAACAGAAACACCUGCAGCCUGAUGCCCGACACCAGAGAGAGCAAGCGUCUCUCUGGUAAACAUCCCUCCAGCUGGGGUGUAGAGGAUGUGGUUUGGUUCAUCAAAGAGGCUGACCCCCAAGCCCUGGGGCCCCAUGCUGAGGCUUUCAGAAAACAUGAAAUAGACGGAGACGCCUUGCUGUUGCUGAAAAGUGAGAUGAUGAUGAAGUACCUGGGACUGAAGCUGGGACCUGCGCUCAAACUCUGCUACCACAUCGACAGACUCAGACAGAAUCGGUCGUGAUGUCAGAAACUGAACUUUCAUGCUGUUUUCAUUCAAACCUACUCAACACAGUCCACGCUCGGUGGCACUCACUGUAUCUCAACCACAUUUUGUUGGAUGAUUUGACAUUUUUUAUGUACACGUAAAGAUUUUUACAGCUGAAGCUGAUAUUUCAUUUUCACCUUCAUUCGUCAGGAUUUGUUUUUCCACAGAAGGCAGCUACUGUUUGAAACAUCCCCUAUCAGCAGCAAUAAAUAAAGCAGACCACAUUUGUAGCCACAAAAAGUUCAUUGGUGCUUUAUUUAUCUAUCACAUUUA